GACUGAGGAAGAGCCCAAGCCUCCUUUGCUGAAAGCCAUUUUCAACGUGGACCCAGAUGAAGUUCGCUCGCUCAUAUUCAAAAAAGAGGAUGUGAACGCGCAGGAUAACGAGAAGCGGACUCCACUGCACGCUGCUGCCUAUCUGGGAGAUGCAGAAAUUAUAGAGCUACUGAUUCUUUCAGGUGCGAGAGUAAACGCCAAAGACAACAAAUGGCUGACUCCCCUGCACAGGGCCGUGGCCUCCUGCUGCGAGGAAGCGGUCCAGAUUCUGCUGAAACACUCUGCAGACGUCAACGCCAGAGACAAGAACUGGCAGACGCCGCUUCACAUCGCCGCGGCCAACAAGGCCGUCCGCUGCGCCGAAGCCCUGGUCCCCCUCCUCAGCAAUGUGAAUGUAUCGGACCGAGCAGGCCGGACCGCUCUGCACCACGCAGCCUUCAGCGGCCACUUGGAGAUGGUGAGGCUCUUGCUCUCCAGAGGCGCCAACAUUAAUGCUUUUGACAAGAAGGACCGUCGUGCAAUUCACUGGGCAGCCUACAUGGGGCACAUAGAGGUGGUGAAGUUGCUGGCCUCUCACGGAGCUGAGGUCGCCUGCAAAGAUAAGAAGUCGUACACCCCCCUACACGCCGCUGCUUCCAGUGGGAUGAUCAGUGUCGUCAAAUACCUGCUGGAUUUAGGAGUGGAUAUCAAUGAGACCAACGCGUAUGGGAACACACCCCUGCACGUGGCCUGCUACAACGGGCAGGACGUGGUGGUGAACGAGCUCAUCGACUGCGGCGCUAACGUCAACCAGCUGAAUGAGAAGGGCUUCGCGCCGCUCCAUUUCACCGCCGCCUCACGCCACGGGGCGCUCUGCCUGGAGCUCCUGGUCUGCAACGGGGCAGACGUCAAUAUAAAGAGUAAAGACGGGAAGACUCCGCUCCACAUGACGGCGAUCCACGGACGGUUUUCUAGAUCUCAAGCGAUUAUCGAAAACGGUGCUGAGAUUGACUGUGAAGAUAAAAACGGAAACACGCCACUACACAUCGCGGCUCGAUACGGGCACGAGCUCCUCAUCAACACACUCAUCACUAACAAAGCUGACACAGCCAAACGGGGGAUUCACGGCAUGUUUCCACUGCAUUUGGCUGCUCUCAGCGGCUUCUCAGACUGCUGCCGGAAGCUCCUGUCUUCAGGCUUUGAUAUCGAUACGCCGGAUGACUUCGGAAGGACCUGUUUACACGCCGCAGCGGCCGGAGGGAACCUGGAAUGUCUCAAUCUUCUUCUCAACACCGGCGCAGACUUUAACAGAAAGGACAACUUUGGCAGGACUCCUCUCCAUUACGCCGCCGCCAACUGUAACUACCAGUGUCUGUUCGCCCUGGUUGGCUCCGGAGCCGGCGUCAACGAUCUGGACGAGCGGGGCUGCACCCCUCUCCACUACGCCGCCGCCUCCGACACAGAUGGAAAGUGCCUGGAAUAUUUAUUAAGAAACGACGCGAAUCCAGGGAUCCGGGACAAUCAGGGCUUCAACGCCGUGCACUACGCGUCUGCGUACGGACACCGCCUUUGUCUGGAGCUGAUUGCUAGCGAAACGCCCUUAGACGUGCUGAUGGAAACCUCAGGGACGGACAUCCUGAAUGACUCGGACGUCAGGGCUCCCGUCAGCCCCCUGCACCUCGCUGCAUACCAUGGCCACCAUCAGGCCAUGGAGGUCCUGGUGCAGUCUCUGCUGGAUUUGGACGUCCGAAACGGCCAGGGACGCACCCCCUUAGACCUGGCAGCCUUUAAAGGCCACGUGGAAUGUGUGGACGUCCUCAUCAACCAGGGAGCCUCCAUCUUGGUCAAAGAUUUUGUCUUGAAGCGGACCCCCAUACACGCUGCAGCUACCAACGGUCAUUCGGAGUGUCUGCGUUUGCUGAUUGGAAACGCCGAUCUUCAGAGCACCAUAGACAUUCAAGACGGGAAUGGACAGACCCCACUGAUGCUGUCCGUCCUGAGUGGACACAUUGACUGCGUGUAUUCCCUUCUUAACAAGGGAGCCAGCGUAGAAGCCAAAGACAAGUGGGGGAGGACGGCCUUGCAUAGAGGAUCUGUGACCGGGCACGAGGAAAGCGUGGAGGCCUUGCUCCAGCACAGCGCCGACGCCCUGGCCAGAGACUGCAAAGGGCGCACGCCGGUCCACCUGGCGGCGGCCUGCGGACACGUUGGGGUACUCGGAGGCCUUUUGCAUGCUGCCCAAUCAGUGGAAACACUGCCUGCCUUAACAGACAGCCACGGCUACACCCCUCUGCACUGGGCCUGCUACAAUGGUCACGACACGUGCGUGGAGGUUCUGCUCGAGCAGGAGGUUUUCCACAAGGUCGAAGGCAAUUCCUUCAGCCCCCUCCACUGCGCUGUAAUCCGUGACAACGAAGGUGCUGCUGAGAUGUUGAUAGACACUUUGGGCCCGGCCAUCGUCAACGCCAAAGACAGCAAAAGCAGGACGCCUCUGCACGCUGCCGCCUUCACGGACCACGUGGAGUGUCUGCAGCUGCUGCUGAGCCACAACGCUCAGGUGAACUGCGCCGACGCCGCGGGGAAGACGCCGCUCAUGAUGGCCGCCGAGAACGGCCAGACCAACGCCGUCGAGCUGCUGGUGAGCAGCGCCAAAGCAGAUCUCACCCUGCAGGACGCUGUAAAGAACACCGCCCUUCACCUGGCCUGCAGUAAGGGACAUGAAACCAGUGCCUUGUUUAUAUUGGAGAAGAUCACAGACAGGAACUUCAUAAACGCUACGAACGCCGCCUUACAGACACCUCUGCAUGUGGCAGCAAGGAACGGGCUUAUUGUUGUGGUGCAGGAGCUGCUUGCGAAGGGAGCCAGCGUCCUCGCAGUCGAUGAAAACGGCUACACGCCCGCCUUGGCUUGCGCCCCCAACAAAGACGUCGCCGACUGCCUGGCUCUCAUCCUGGCCACCAUGAUGCCUGUGUCCCCCUGCGCCCCGGCGCCCGCCGUCCCUUUCAGCGGCGUCAACCACUACACCGCCAGCCCCUCCAAGAGCGCCACCUUCGACAGCCUGCCGGCGCUGCGAGCCGAGCACACCUACUGCAGCUUCAACAACAUCAGCCACCACGACGGCUUCUACAAAGACGAGGAGCUCAACGACUCGGACUCAGAGACGUACUGAGGACGGGCGGCGGAGGAAUCGCGCUAAAUGCACAAACACAUACACUGUGUCUUAAAAAAAAAAACAACAACAACAAAAAAAGAACAAUCACCCACCGCAAGCUUGGGAGGGCUUAUGAAGACGCGAGCCCCCCCUACAGGAGCCUUAAGAGUCUCCGCCAGAGAGCAAAGGAGGGGGAGGAGGUGCAACAGGCUGGCCCAUGCUCAUCCCAACCUUCUCCAGCACAAGGUGUCCUUUUGGCUGAUGCCGGAGCUCAGUAACCACUGCUUCAACCGUCGUUGACUUCUCAAGUGCUAAAAACUGAACUGGUCGGCCAGACGGCAGCUGUUUUAAGGCAAUAACGCGCUGAUUAAAAAAAAAAAAGGGGGGGGGAGAUAAACCAACAGGGACCAAAAGACGCGGAUGAAUUUUAACUCUGUUUUAACUGCGUGAACGACUACGACUACAACAAAACGAGCUUUCAGGCGGUUUAUCGGUUAGCAAGCGUAAAGAGAGAAGUUUCCAUCCAUCGGUAUCUGCACACUACAUCCGCCAGAAGGAUUUCCCGGGUUUCUAAGUCAUACGGAGGGGAUGGUUUAUGUCACCACAUCGAAGUUUUAAUAUGCCCAUUUUAAUGUCUCACAGUCCUCAUCCUUUAGGAAUCCGACACACUGACCGGAGUACAUUUAAGACUUUUGGUACAAGCGGCAGGUCAGUGUGGGGGUUGCUCGACCUUUUCCUUUGUACAUUGACCUGUUCAUCCCAGUUUAGAAUUCAAACAAUAAAUUAUUUGUACACUUUUGGUUGCUUUUUGUUUGUUCGUUUUGUGCCUUCAUUAGUCACUGAGGGGAGGGCUGGGGGGAGUAACCUGGGUUUGUGAAGGCAGCUGUGAAAGUGUGCUUUAGGUGAGUAAAAACCACUGAUCUGGCACUGAGGCGUCUGUGACUCUGCUUUGCAACGAGAAACACUGUAAACCAAUGACAGCAUUUUGGAAAGCAUUUGAUUUUCUUCUGAGUGACCUUCCCCACCCCCCACCCUCUAAUAUUAGUUUUGCUUGCUUAAUCUUAAAGGAAGAAAAAAAAAAAAAGAACCCACACACUUAUACUUUGUUCACUGAAAAAUAUUUUAACUGGAAAUAUGUACAUUUGCUAGAAUCAAUAGAAUGGGAAGGAUUUUUGUUUCUUGUCCUUGAUUUUUUUCUUGCAGAGGAAUGAAACUAGCAUGUAUAUAGAAAUUAUGACUGUGAAUUCAAAAUUCCAAUGAGUUAUUUCAGUACUGAGAUUGCUGUAUAUUUUAUGAGUAAUAAAUGAGUUAUUUAAUAAGGA